AAACACCAUUCACAUUCAUAUCUAUGCCAAAAAAAUUACAAAACACGCCAAAUAAAAUAUCUCAACAACAUAAUCUAUAUUCUUUCCCUGCUCGCCUCACAAUCCUUCAUACCACACUAUACUUGCAAUGGCCUCAACCCUCUCUUUAUCCUCUUCCUCCACCCUUGUUGAUGCCAAGCCUCCAAGGCAAUCACCGGCUUCUUCCCCACAAUGUGUCACCCUUCCCACUCUUCCUCCACCACCUCUGCACUCUCACACUCGUCCUGGGAAAACCGCUGCUUUCUGUCGCAGGAUUGCUAGAAAUGUUAUGGGAAUGGCCACCACGAGAGAGGCACCAGCAGCAGAAGUUGCCACAACUGAGGUUGUUUUUGCUGAGACGCCAGAGAUUGUGAAGACUAUUCAAGAAGCUUGGGAGAAAGUUGAAGAUAAAUAUGCAGUGAGUUCACUGGCCGUAGCUGGUGUGGUUGCAUUAUGGGGCUCUGCAGGAAUGAUCUCAGCAAUUGAUAGGCUUCCUUUAAUUCCUGGGGUUCUUGAGGUUGUAGGCAUUGGCUACACUGGGUGGUUUGCUUACAAGAACCUAGUUUUCAAGCCAGACAGGGACGCUUUUGUAAGAAAGGUAAAAGAAACAUAUAAUGAAAUAAUUGGGAGCAGCUAAAGCAGUGAGGAAUUGGUGCUUAGAUGCAUUAGAGAUCUGUCUUGCAGCAUUUUUCGUUGAAGAUGCAACCGUGCUUCAUUUUGUCCCAAUAAGCUUCUGACCAUACUUCAUCCCAUGUAAUUUAUAAUCUAGCCUCAAAAAUAAAUGUAAUCUUUUUAAUCUAUCAAAUCUACUUCAACAUGUAAACAUUUCUUCAGUUAUAUAUAUAGAUAUUAUCCCUUUGUGAAUUUCAAA